AUGGCCUCACGCAUCGCCAAUGAGGACGUGCCCUGGGAGCAGCUGCAGGCCCUGCGCGCAUGUCGGCUUAUCGGCCUGGACAAGCAACCGGGUGUGCGGCCCAUCGGGAUCGAAGAGGUCCUCAUGCGCAUCAUGGGCAAGGCGAUGGCCAAGGCGGUCGGGGUGGAUGCGGAGAUUGUAUGCGGUGCGGACCAGCUGUGUGCCGGGCUCAAGGGGGGCGUGGAGGGUGCCAUUCACGCGGUCUCCGGCCCGUUUGACUCGGGAGGCGUGGAGUGCGCGCUGCUGGUGGAUGCGACGAACGCCUACAACACGAUGAAUCGCGCUGCCGCCCUGUGGAACGUCCGCGUCUUGUAGCCGUGGUGCUCUCGCUUCCUGUUCAACACCUAUCGCGGCCAUGCGGCCCUCUACAUGCGCGACCAAUCCGCGCCGCUGUGGAGUCGAGAAGGCACCACACAAGGCGACCCCUUGGCCUCCCUCUUUUACUCCGUGGCGACCCUGCCGCUUGUAUGGGAGAUGAAGCGGCCAGCAGAGGAGGGCCCUCAGGCGUGGUUUGCCGACGACUCCGCCAAGGUGGGAGACCUCCAGCCGGUGCGUGACUGGUGGGAUGAGCUGCAGCGGAGAGGGCCAUUGAGGGGCUAUCACCCCAACGGCAAGAAGAGCAAGCUGGUGGUGCGGGCGGGGUGUGAGGAGCGGGCGCAAGAGGUGUUUGGCGAUACUGACGUGGAGAUCGUGAGUGGCGCUCGAUAUAUGGGGGGCUUUGUGGGGACCGCAGAGGGCAAGCGGGCCUACGCCACCGAGAGGGUGCAGGAGUGA